UAAUGUUGAACUUCACCUUAGCCUCCAAGGAGGAAGGAGUCUGAGGAGGGACAAUGGUGAAGAAAUUUGACUGAAUAGGCAAAUUUAAAAACCUGAAGAAUUAUCCAAAGCAUACAGGAUGUUAGGAGAGUUCUCUGUCAGUCUUCAAAUCCAAAUAAACUUGUUUGUAGACUUCGCAUUUAUCUUUGCCUCACCUUUUCUCAUUGCGUCUCUCUCUCCCAACGCAGGUUUCUUUUAAAUCCGCCCUCUAACUCUGGGAAAACUAUAAAGAGCCAUUAUAACUGGGCCCUCCCCUCUCUCCUCAGCUGCGCUGCACUUUGACCAGUCGAUUUGCUAGAAUGCACAUCUCCAGACACGUGCUGCUGCCGUGUUGGAUCCGGGCCGGCCGGGUGACAAAGGUGCGGUGCCAACAGAGUGGAGUUUGGCAGUGUCACCAGACAGAAACGUUGGCUCGAGUGUUGCCGUAACGCAGAGCGACACAACACCAUCCUGCGGGGGGCACGACAUCAACCGAACAGAUACAUGCAAGUUCCUGGUAGCAUACUUUGCAAUGUGAACCAGUCUAUUUCUACUCUUUACCUUGGAAUCGUGCUCAAAUACGGGGUCAAGUAUCGGAAACCCCUGUGCCGGCGAACACUAACUCAAACUGGACCUGAGUGCAGGUUGAGUUCGGGCCGAACGCCCUCUGAUGGGGGCCUCUCAACGGUGCAGGUCAUCCAUAAAACCUCCGUCCUGUGCUUUUCUUUUCUCCGUGGGAACACUGUGGCUCCUGUCCACGGUCAUGCCCGCACGCGCUUGCCCUAAGAUCUGCCACUGCACGGACAGGAACGGCAUGGUGGUGCAAUGCACCUCGCGCAACCUGGAGAGCAUCCCGUCCGAUCUGCCCAAGGACACCGUUGUCCUCUUGCUUUCGUCCAACCGGAUCAAGCGCGUCGCGAAGGAGGCGUUCACCGACCUCCGCCGCCUCAGGGAGCUGGACUUGUCUCACAACGCCAUCGAGAGCGUGGAGGCGGGCGCCUUUCAGGGGAUUUCAGAGGGCCUGCGGACCUUGGACCUUUCGAACAACCACCUCAGCGGCCUCCCGAAGGACACGUUCGCCAAGCUGCACGCCCGCGUCCGCCUCUCCCACAACCCGUGGCACUGCGAGUGCUCCCUGCAGGAGGUGCUGCGGGAGCUGAGGCUGGACCCCGAGACGGUGAACGAGGUCAGCUGCUACACGUCGGUGCAGGAGGAGUACGUGGGACAGCCGGUGAUCCAGGUGCUGGACUCGGGCAUCAACUUUUGCAACUUCCACCACAAGACGACAGACGUGGCCAUGUUCGUGGCCAUGUUCUGCUGGUUCUCCAUGGUGACCGCUUACAUCAUCUACUACAUCAAACACAACCAGGAGGACGCCCGGAGGCACAUGGAGUACCUGAAGUCCCUGCCCAGCACGUCCCACAUCAGCAAGGACUACGACACAGCCAGCAGUGUGCUCUAGAGUGAAUUUGAAAAGAUGCGACUGUACCAAUGAAUAUAGAUGAAAGUUCGCCGAUGAAUACAGAUGGAAGUGUACCAAUGAAUAUGUUUAUGGCAUACAGUACAAGGAAUGCUGAUAAGUGACGGCUUUGCAGCAAGUUCGAAAUUUUGCUCGGUGAUAUACAGUAUGCAGCACAUGGCACAAGGACUUUGGGGAGGGGUGUUGAAUAUAAUCUCAUCAUCAUCAAGUACUGGAUUAAAAAGUAGCCAAAUAAAACUAUUUAUCAUCUAAACCCACGAGCUGGAACGAGGUUCCGCAUCCUGAUAUGUUUCCCCUCCACGGGAACAAAAGGGAAGCAGGCCAUUAUUUUUCACUCAGUUGCACAAACGAAUCUCCGAGGUAAACUUUUAUCUCCGAGGUCAAAACUUUUGUGGGGUUUAAGGGCUCACUGUGAAUUUAUGCACGGAGGGAUUUGAACCCGAGAGGCGCUUGAGCGUCCAUCAGAGAUGAGAUAGGAUAAAACCUCAAAUUUGCUUCCUUGCAGCGACAGAGGGAUGUAGGUGUCGAGCAGUAGCGUAUUUACGCGUUGCAGAUGUUUAUUGUCGACCGGUUAUCCACUGGUGUUUGUAGGGCGCCUGGUGGGUUUCAUGGGAACAGAGCAGCGGGAAACAAAGACCCGAGCUGCCGAGUUGCUGUCAGAGUGCCAAUGCAUCCUUACGGAUAAAAGCCUGGCCGUCAUCCAGGGAUCGUCCCGGGAGAGAGCGUGCCCUCUUGACCAGUUUAUUUUCCCACUUACUGCUGCCCCCAACCAAUCCAUUACACUCAAAUGAGGUACCUUAGGAAAAUAACCGCCACAGCUUCGGAGCGAGGCGCUUGCAGAGGUGUGUCACUACUACGUUAAAAGUUGAUAAUGUUAGGGAAGAGAAGGCCUCAUGACGUUUUUCCAAAGCAUCCUGACUGGGCAGUUUUGGAACGAGUCGCAGAGAAAAGAAUAGUUAAAGUAAUAUUUAGUCAGAACUGGUGUACGUCUCCUUCUUAACGUAAAGACAUUGUAUAUUUUUAGAAUCGAUGAAGGAUCUAGAGCAGAAGUGGAGAAACUCUUCUCCCAUACAUCUCACAUUCAAGGUGGAAUCGCGACCAUCAGACUUGUCACCUUAAUGCUUUGCUUCCAAAAGGUAAUAACUUUGUCACCUUUGGGAGCGGAAAAAUAACCGUCUCCUGUCAGACACCAACUCCGCCGGACGAGCUCGUCUCAGUUAUUGCCCCAAAUGCCGUCGAGAUUUCCUUCCCCCUCGAAAUGAUGUCGCUCUCACGUAACAUUUCUCACGUUGAAGGGAGUGGAAGGUAAAGUCGUGAACAUUCCAUAUGAAGUUUUACAGCAUGCAUAGGAACGUCUUAUUCUGGCACAUUUGUGUGACCUUAACGAACAUAAUAGGAACAAACAUUUUUGGCUGAUAGACAUUAAUAUUGUUUGU